AUGGCAUAUAUUUGUGAGAACAUCGUCACAUGCCUCACGAAGCUCAGAAAGAAGGCGGAGGGUGUAGAGAACAGCCAACAAGCAAGCGGUUCCUCGAACAACGGUUGGAGAGCAACACCCGUAAAAGCGAAAGUCAAACUCUCAAAAUUAGAACUUACCAAGUUCAACGGCUACCGGAAGAAUUGGAAAGCAUUCUGGGAGCAGUUUGAAUCCACACUCCACACGAAUCCGGAACUGACUCCAUCGGAAAAGUUUAAUUACUUGAGAUCGGCACUUACCGGAGAUGGAUCAGCUGCCAUCAAGGGACUACAGUCAACCUCUCGGUGCUACGCGGAUGCGAUCGACCUUUUACAACAGCGGUUCGGCAAGCAAGACGCUCGGCUACACGACCACAUGAAAAGUGUCAUGGACACCCAGAAGGUAGCGCCAGAGGGCAAUGCCCGAGCCCUGCGUAGUUUGUACGACAGUCUUCAGGCGCACAUCCGGGGACUUAGAGCACUAACUGUGGGCGAAAAAUCCUACUGCGCAAUGCUCUACCCUGUCCUUCUGCAAGCACUACUGAGGGACAUGUCCCUAGACUACAACCGAAAGAUGUCGUCGGAGGACACAGGGAACGCCACCGCAGCAACGGGCGCCGGUCCCGAGUCUUCAACGGAAAACGUUCACCUGAGAGCUCUACGGACUCUACUCAAAUUUGUUCGAGUCGAGGCGGAGAGCCAGGAGAGGAAGUCAGAGGAACACAAGGACGACUUUGGCGAGACCCACACAAACGUACCGCCCCGGAUGGCGCACUCGAGGCAGCGGGUGACGGCUACCAUCGGCGACACAGCGUCCCUACCGUGCGCCGCACAGGGAUCCCCGCCGCCCCAGUAUCGCUGGUACCGCGACGACGGCAGCCCCGUGUUCCUGGACCAGCGGACGAGCCAGGUGGACGGGGUGCUCGUAGUGCGCAAGGCGACGCUCCGAGACGCCGGCAAGUUCACCUGCGUCGCCAACAACAGUGCCGGCGACGACAGGGCGUCCAGCGAACUCGUCAUCACGGAGCCGCUGACGGCCACCAUCCAGCCACCCCGACAGCAAGUGCACGUGGGCCAGACAGCCAUCAUUAAGUGUGCAGUGUCCGGACACCCCGUGGCGGCCAUCGUGUGGAGAUUCAAUCAGCGUCCGCUGCCCAUCAGUGACCGCGUCAGCGUCCCGUCGGCAGACACGGUGCACAUCCGCUCGGUGAAGAAGGAGGACAAGGGCAUGUACCAGUGCUUCGUUCACAACGAGGUGGACGCGGUCCAGGCGGGGUUCGAACUCUCCCUUGCCGAGGACCUUCCGGAGUUCCAGGAUACCUUCCGACCAGAGACCGUGCAUCCGGGCACACGGUUCUCGCUCAAGUGCUCGGCGUCUGGCAACCCGCUGCCGCAGAUCACGUGGUCUCUCGAUGAAUCGGCCGUGCCCGAAACACAUCGUGUCCGUUUCGGCGACUACGUCACGCAGGCGGGCGUUGUCGUCAGCUACCUCAACUUCUCCGUGGUUCAGGUGGAAGACGGUGGCGACUACAGGUGCACAGCCAACAACGGAGUCGGCACGGUUCUUCACACGGCCAGAAUCAACGUGCCAGGACGACCUGUGGUGAGACCUAUGCGAAACUUGACGGUUGUCGCCGGGGAAAUCAUCAAGUUAAGAUGUCCGGUGGCCGGGUACCCCCUUGAAUCCAUCAACUGGGAACGAGAGGGAGUCCGCCUGCCGUACAACCACCGGCAGAAGGUGCACGACAACGGCACCCUGGAGGUGCACCACGUGGAGAGGGCCACUGACGAGGGACCGUACAGCUGUGUCGCCAAGGACAGAGAGGGACACAGCGCCCAGAACACCAUCUACAUCACCGUCAAAGUGAAGCCGACCAUAGAGCCCUUCAGCUACCCGUCGUCCCUGAGGGAGGGACAGCGGUCGUCGGUGAUGUGCACCGUGAUCAGCGGAGACCUGCCCAUCAAUAUCACGUGGUUCAAGGACGACCAGCCAAUCACAGCCUCGAACCCCGGUACGGCCGGUAUCCUGGUCAACACCGUGUCCGACUAUUCGUCCACGCUGCUCUUCAAGUCCCUUCGGCUUGACUACCGAGGCAACUACACCUGCGUGGCCGCCAACGAGGCUGGUACCGUCAGCCACUCGGCCGUCAUGAUAAUUCACGUGCCUCCGCAAUGGAUCAUCGAGCCUUCCGAAACGUCCGUCGUGAAAGGCAGGAGCGCCGUCAUUGACUGCGAAGCGGAUGGUUUCCCAAUGCCUCGAAUUCGUUGGACGAAAGCAGAGGGCGACGCGGCCCGCGACUUCAAGCCGGUGGUGAGCAGCGCCCACGUCCAAGUCUUCGAGAACGGGUCCUUGGCCAUCAACGACGCCAAGGAAGAGGACGCCGGGUUCUUCCUCUGUCAGGCAUCCAACGGGAUCGGACAGGGCCUCAGCAAAGUCGUCAAAGUCACCGUGCACAUUGCGGCGCAUUUCAAGUCCAAGUUUUCGGCCGAGAUGAUCCGCAAGGGCCAGAACACGCGGUUGAAGUGCGACGCCACGGGCGACAAACCCAUGCGCAUAUCCUGGAUGAAAGACAAGCUCGUGGUGAAUCCGAAACAAGAUCCCAGGUACGAGCUCGUGGAGACGAUCCAGACGACGGGCGUCACGUCCGAGAUCUUGAUUCGUCAAACAGACCGGCGUGACUCGGCGCUUUUCACCUGCGUGGCGACCAACAACUUCGGCCACGACGACACAAACAUUCAGCUCAUCGUUCAAGAACCUCCGGACGCUCCUCAAGACCUCAAGGCUAUGGAGACGACUAGCAGGAGCGUCAAACUGGUGUGGACCGCGCCGUACAGCGGAAAUAGCCCAAUCACCCACUACACGGUCCAGUACAAGGACGACGGAUCCAAGUGGCACGCCAAGAUGAUCAACCUAAGCACUUCGGCCACGGAGACGUCCGGAACAGUGCGGGGCCUCAAACCUGCGCUCGUCUACCACUUCAGGGUCUACGCGGAGAACAGGAUAGGUCGCAGCGACGCCAGUCAUUCUGUCAAGGUCACGACGUCGGAGGAAGCUCCCGGCGGUCCUCCCACCAAGGUCAGAGCACAGCCUACGAGCUCUCGGUCUCUGAAGAUCACUUGGAAUGCUCCGAACAAGGAACUCCACUUCGGCAUCAUUCAAGGCUACUACAUCGGCUAUAGGGUGGCGGCUACUUCGGAACCCUACAUCUACAAGACACUGGAGUCCGAAAUGGACGCGGGCGAAGGCUGCGUGCUCACGGGGCUGUCCCGCUUCACGCAGUACAGCGUCAUCGUGCAGGCGUACAACAAGAAGGGUGCCGGGCCGCCUUCAGACGAAGUGGUCGUCCAAACACUCGACAGCGAUCCACCCUCUGCGCCGUACCUUCACGCGGAAGCAACAUCAUUCACUUCAGUUUCGAUCAAGUGGGAGCGACAGUCGGGUGAUCAAAACCCCGUUGCAGGUUACGUCGUUCGUCAUAAAGAGUCAGGAGGAAGCGGAGACUGGCACGAAACGCGCGUGCAAGGCGACCAGAACGCACUCACCAUCGGUGACCUCAAGUGCGGCUCGGCGUACCAGUUCACGGUGCGUGGAUACAACGCCGCCGGUGCGGGAGACACCAGCGACGUGCUCACGGUCAAGACCAGCGGCGCAGCGCCCGUGCCACCGGACCGGCAGUCCCUGCUGCACUACAACGCGACCAGGGCAGUGGUGCAGCUGAGCACGUGGCACAGCGGGGGCUGCCCGAUCCAGCAGUUCACGGUCAAGUACCGGCGCCAGAAGGACCUCGAGUGGACGACGCUGCAGACCGGGCUCCUCCGGGACAAGCGCCUCGAGAUCCGGGACCUGUCGCCCGGCACCUGGUACACGCUCCAGAUGACGGCGCAUAACAGCGCGGGGGUCACCGAGGCCGAGUACGCCUUCGCCACUCUCAGCAAGCACGGAGCAGCCGACCAAGUGACGCCCCGGACCGAAGUGCACAGAGAGACGUCCUCGGUGGUGUCCGACGCCACCGUGGUCAUCCCCGUAGUGGUGUCUAUCCUCGUGGUGAUUGCACUCCUAGUCGUCGUCUGCAUGGUGGUCCGCAAGAAACAUUCCUCCGGAAGUUCGCAGAGUGGUACGUACGCCAACGGCAGUUCGCUGUACGGCACCCGAAAGAAUGGCAUGCAAGAGGCCAUGCAGAUGACGGACCUGGAGGGCAAGGUUGGGAAGGAGUGCUCCACCAGUGCCUUUUUCCCAGCUCCGUACGCCACCACCCACCUGGGCACCAGGGGCCCCGAGAAGAGGGCAGACCACCAGGACGAGCCUCUGUACGCUACGGUCAAACGAACACCGAGGCCUCCAAGGUCAGAUGGUCAUAUCUACCAGUGUCCAGCACUAGCAAGAAACGGAAGACCAGCAGCCAGGGUCACCUGAGAAAAGCCGAAGUCUUUCAUAUGAGUCGUGGAAACAAAUUCAAGACAUUCUUUUUUUACCACACCAGUGCCAUACUGUCGCCAACGCUAAAGAAAGUGCUGCGGUGACGUGUGCCAAAAGCGGCGGGAAACGGACGAUGCAUAGUGCUCUACGGACUCGUCGGGUCACCGCAACGACGUUGAGUGACUGCAACGUUGCCAGACUGCCUCCAAUCGUCUGUGACUGGGCAAGAGACCCUUUUCUUUUUUUCAAAGUAUGCGGAUACAGCGAAUGGUGCGGCAACAACAGCGGUGGUCGAGAAACACUGCCUUCAGACUGGCCUUUGUGCUUGUGUACAAAAGGAAUGACUCCUACGAAACCUGCAUCAAGAACGCGAAAUUAACCGCGGUUCACAACGGACGUCUUAGCAAACAGUGUUUUGAACUAAGUAAAGUCGAACGGCACGAUAGCA